AUGUAUGAUUCAUCUCAAAAAUAUAAUCUUGUUCCAAAACCUGUUCGACAACGUACAUGUGCCAAUAUAUCCGAUCAGAUUAAAAAUGCGGUUCAUAAGUUUUAUUUAAGAGACGAUGUUUCUUAUCAAUUACCUGGUAAACGUGAUACUGUUGUUGUUAAAAAUGAUGAUAACAUUAAAAUAACAUAUCAGAAAAGAAUACUUUUGAAUAAUUUACGUGAAAAUUUUGAAUUAUUUAUAGAAGAGAAUAAAGGAAUAAUUAUUUCUCGUUCAUUGUUUUCUGAUUUAAGACCUCCAUUUGUAGUUCCAAAAGCAGCGCUAGCUCAUAGAAUAUGUGUGUGGAUCUAUCAUGAAAAUGCUAAUCUAAUACUGAAAGCAAUUGAUAAAUUUGUUAAAGGAAAUGUUUGUUCAUCUUUACAACAAUUUACUGGGACUUAA